AUGACCACAGGCCGUCCUUUGCCUGCUUAUAACUAUGAGGACUAUGUUCCUGUCAAUGGCAUAGUUUGUCCUAUAUGUGACAGUCCCUGUUCCUCCCUUCAGCUGCUGAACCAGCACUUGGAUGUGGCUCACAAUGAAGAAGAUACCAAAGGUGCAUUGUUGUCCUGGUUGAAGAAUGCUCAAAAAAAAGUGCAGACAACGUUAUCAUCGAGUCCGCGACCGGGACAAUCCCCUUCCAAUGGUCCUGUUGAACGAUCAUUGAAACAGUUAAUUGAUCCUGCCUUGAUGAGCAGUUUCCAGAAUUUGAAUCUCGGUAAUAACAGCCCCGCGUUUUUUGCCUCAGACGGUGGCCAAGGCGAUUUUAUUACACGCGAACACUGGCAAUCGGAAACCGGGAACGAUGUCUGCAGUUUAAACGGUUGCACCAAAAUACUCGGCAAAGGAGGGUCAGGAAGGCAGCAUUGCAGACAAUGUGGCCGAUUAUUCUGCGACGCUCACACGCAAUACGAAAUCAAACUCAAUCGCCAAGCCCGUCACGACCCAGCGCAUGGAACGUGGGCAAAAGUGUGUGCAGGAUGUUUUGUCGGCAGAGAAGGUUAUGUGGAACAUCUGGGUGCGAUGCGAAAUGCGUCGGCGUUAUUCCUGAGUCGUCGCGCAAAGGCGAUGGAACGCGUGUACUUGGAACGUAAUCGGUUAGAAAAACGGUUGGAAAAGUUAGCUCAUAUUCACUACAAUGCGGACAUGGGAAUAUCAAAGACCGGUCGAUCCACAAGUCGUCUUGCAAAUGCCAGUCCAUCGUUAAGUAGUAUUACCCUGGAACGGGCCGAUUCAGUGUCUUCCAGAGACAGUGUAGGCAGUGGGGUGCGAUCUUCCAAAGCAAGCGCCAUUUCCAGUGGGAGCAGUAUCCUCAGUAUGAAACUUAAGUACCGAGAUGGCGAACAAACUGUAACAAAGUGGGAGGAUGACCGAUCCGUUGUGCAAUGUCCACUCUGUUUAAAUCAAUUUACAUUGACCAAUCGUAAACAUCACUGUCGUCUUUGUGGUCGCGUUGUAUGCGGCAAUAUUCGAUGUUCACGAAUGAUACCCUUAUUUCUAAACAUGGCUUCUGACUCGUUUGAUGAAGACCCUGUGGGCGAUACACGAGCGUGCCGUGAUUGCUACCGUGCCGUUUUUCAUCGCAAACUCAAGCAUGAAGAGUCCACGCGUACUUUACCCAUUUUCCACCUAUAUCAUCAAUUAUCGAUUGCCCGUAAUAAUAUAGAACGACAAUUGCCUAGAUUCCACGAUAUGAUAGUGAUGCUCGAGCAAGAGAAAAUAGUGAAUCAGACGCAUGAAACCUACCGAUCUGCUUCUCAAAUCCGGAAGUCGUUACUUGACAGUUUUGCUCUGUACGACACAUUGGCCAAAAGUAUUCGAACAUUGCCAGUGUCAUCGGCUUCCAUGAAACGGUUGCAAACCAAUAUAUCGACAGCGGCCAACAUGUAUCUGCAACGCAACAUGCUUCCGCUUCAGAUGUUACCCCGAAUAUUAAAACCCGAAAAGAAGAAGCGUCGUUCAGUCACAGGACGAACACCGACGGAAAAUCCAAACAUUGAAGAAUUGCACGCGCAGUACCAAGCGUAUGUGGAACAAUACAAAUUAGUGGAAGGAUUCAUACAGGAGGCCAAACAAAACCGAAAGUAUGAUGAUGCCAAAACAUUGAAAGCCAGUCUGGAAGAAUUACGCUCUGAAAUACAUCGACUACGGUUACAGUUGGAGCAAUAA